GCAGCAUUUCUGCACCACUCAGCUGAAGAUCCUCGAAAACGAGCAUAUAUAUAUAUAUAUAUAUAUAUAUAUAUUUUCACGCAGCGGAAUCGACCUUGAAUUUCCGGGAGCUCGGUACUAAACAAAGAGGGCCGUGGUCCCUAUUGUCCAGCAUUCAAUUGAAUACACACCCGAUCACAGCAGACCACGACCCAGGGACAUCAUCUUCAAAAUGCAGACCUGUUACUACACAUUCCUCAUAGCCCUAGGCGCCCUAAUAGGCAUCAGCGGUGCAUCCGGCUCUUCCCAGACGGACUGCAACCCUACCAAUGAGACGUGUCCAGCCGACCCUGCUCUCGGUACAGAGCACACAUGGUGGCUCAAUUCGACGUUGGACGAUUCGCUAUGGACAAUGGAGACGGGGACACUUGACUAUACAUCCGAGGGGGCCGAAUUUUCCAUCAAGUCCGAGAAUGCGUCGACUUUGCUGGUAUCGAACUUUUAUAUUUUCUUCGGGGUGAUGGAGGCACAUGUUAAGAUGGCCAAAGGCCGGGGCAUUAUCAGCAGCGUGAUCCUGCAGUCGGACGACUUGGACGAGAUCGACUGGGAGUGGGUGGGCUACAACACGAGCGCAGUGCAGUCCGACUUCUUCGGCAAGGGCAACACCACCACGAGCGAUCGCGGCGGCAUCCACGCGGUUUCCAACGCCGAUACCGAGUUCCACAACUACACUUCCUAUUGGGACAAGGACCGUCUUGAGUGGUGGAUUGACGGCGAGCUGAGGAGAACGGUCAACUACUCGGAGCCUCUGACGGUGUAUGGCGAAAACUAUCCGCAAACCCCAUGCAGAGUCAAGGUCAGCAAUUGGGCAGUUGGAGUCGCAAGUGAGUCUGUCGGCAACAUUGAAUGGGGGGGGGGUCUUGUGAACUGGACGGAUGUUCCUUUCACCAUGACGGUGCAGAAACUCCGGGUUCAGGAUUUCCACUCGGGGAAGGAGUAUACUUACGAAGGACUGUCCGGUUCAUAUGACAGCAUCCAGGUGGUUAGUGGGAAUUCCACUGCUAAAACGGAGAUACAGAAAACACCGUCCAAAACUUUGGCCGAAAAGUGGGCGGACCUGGGAAAAGGUGCUCACAUUGGCAUUUACUGUGGUGCUGCAGUUGCAGGGGCGCUUGCCAUAGCUGGAGCUGCUUUCUACUGCAUUAAGCAACGCCGAAGAGGCCGUCUGGAACGUGCCCUGGACCCUGAUCGACAGAACACCGAGGUCAUGCAGAUGGAAGACUACAGGAAGCAAUGGAGACAAAGUGAGGUUGGCCACUAUGGCUAUCAACCCGUUAACUAGUGCCUCUGGCUCUUUUCAAAACAAAAGACUGUGGUGGGUCUCGAGUUGUUAUUUUUCGAUGCUUCAGCUGUUGUGGUUACAGCGGAUAUUUAUACUAGACAGUAUAAUAUUAUACACCUCUCUCUCUCUCUCUCCUAUACUAUAUAGACUUUGAAUACAUUUCUAAUAUAAUAGCG